CCUCUUCCGGCUCUACCGUUUUGUGCUUCUGGGAUGACUUGUUUUCUUUCCGCUGCUCAAAUAUUUCUUUCCUGUGAAAAACGCACCAGGUUUCAUGGCUCCUCGCGAAGACCUGCCAGCCCCGGACGGCGGAUGGGGCUGGAUGGUGGUCCUGGCCGCCUUCAUCCAGAGCGCUUUGGUUUUUGGGGUGAUCCGCUCUUCAGGCGUCUUCUUCGUGGAAUUCGUGGCUCAUUUCCAGGCGUCGUCCGGCGCGGUCUCCUGGGUCAUGGCGCUCGGGGUCACCGUCCUGCAGUUUGGAAGCCCCGUGGGCAGUGCCCUCAGCGCCAACUACGGGACUCGCCCGGUCGUGAUGGUUGGAGGUUUCCUGGCCGGGCUUGGCUUCCUGGGGGCUUCUUUUUCCGCCACCCUCACUCACCUGUACCUGAGCAUCGGCCUGGUCACAGGGCUAGGCUGGGCGCUGGUCUUCACCCCAUCCAUGGCCGCCGUGUCCCGUUACUUCGAGAAGCGGCGGGCACUCGCCAUGGGGUUGGCUGUUUCCGGAGCCGGCAUCUCCUCCCUGGUCUUCUCCCCGCUCUUCCAGUGCUUGGUCGACGUGUACGGCUGGCGAGGGGCCCUCCUGAUGGUGGCUGGGAUGUCUCUGAACCUGAUGGUGUCGGGGGCUCUCCUACGGCCCUUGGCUGCGGAAGGGGACCGAGGUGGAUCAGAGGAGGCCCCGGGUUCCAGCUGGCCGGGGACGCUGGCCUCUCUCUUUGCCCUCGAGCUGCUGAGGCAGGGCCCUUUCCUGCGUUACAUCGUGGUCUGCAUCCUGGUUGAUGUCGGGUAUUUCGUCCCCUACGCCCACCUGGUGGCUCACGCGAGGGAAGUGGGAUGUGACGAGUACGAAGCUGCCUUCAUCAUGGCUUCUGCUGCAGUGACAGACAUGGCUGGGCGGAUCUUUGCCGGUUGGCUGGCAGAUGCUGGGCUCCCCGGCCGCCUCGUCCACCAUCUCACCCUCUGGACGGUCUUGACGGGCAUUUCGUUGGCUCUGCUCCCGCUGGGGCGUGGAUUUUCCUCCCUCCUGGCCCUCGGCCUUUGGUACGGGUUCGUUGCCGGUGGAUUGGUCCCGCUUCAGUUCACCAGCCUGGUGGAGAUCGUGGGCACCGGCUACGUGCUUGGUGCCAUCGGGCUCAUGAAUAUGCUGGAAAGCGUGGGGGCGUUGCUGGGGACCCCCCUCUCAGGUUGGCUGAGGGACCUCACAGGGACUUACACGCUCUCGUUUGUCACGGCCGGAGCGUUUCUCUUGGCUGGCGGCUUGGUCCUGGCCACCUUACCCAACUACUUUUCCUGCCGCGCCAGGCCCUUGGCCACGCCGACGGAGGGCUCCCGGCCACCUCCAGGCCACCAGGCUUGUGAGCCAAGAAUUUAACUCUUCUUCUCCGACCGAAAGGAAGACGUUGUCAGAGGCGGGUCCGCCGGUCCUAGGAGGCACACAUCCCAGAGGCUGGUUAGCACAAGGAGGUCUCUUUUUUCCUCCUUAAUUCUUCCUGAAGAAAGCGAACGGGAGAUGAAGAACCGAAACGUGACUGGACAGAGCCCUAAAGAGGCAUUUGGGCACCUCCGGGGCAAACAGCUUCGUUUCUGGCCCAUUCUGCCCUCAGAGGCUUGCACAAGCCUUCACCAAGUGAAAGGAGGAACAGAAUGUGGUGCCCACUAAAUGAAAAUUUUAAAAUGUAUGCUUUUAACAAUAGCAGCAGCAAGAGUAAAGGACCAGGGGAUAAGGCUAAGACAGGACGGCUGCUUUUUUUCCUUACCACUCACUAUUAAAUUCAUGUCUGGAUCUUUGAGUUCUCUGACAUUUGGCAUCUUUUAACGCCAUAAGGAUUUACCCAAUCCUUGUAUCGGUCCCAAC